AUGACGGGUGUGGUGGUGGUCUCCAGCGCGGGGUGCAAGGGCGGCGUGGGGAAGCGGAGCUCCGGCGGCGGGGGUGGGGAGGAGAAGCGGCGGCGGCGGGCUGCGGUGCUGGAGCUGCUGCUCGCGGCCGUGCGGCGCUCCGUGGUGGCGUGCCGGGUGGAGCGCGUGGCCGCCGGGGGCGGAGCAGGGUGGGCGGCGGAGGAGGGCGUACUGGAGGACGCGGCGGCGGCGGCGGAGCUGCGGGAGAUGGAGAUCGGCUGGCCCACGGACGUCCGCCACGUCGCGCACGUCACCUUCGACCGCUUCCACGGCUUCCUCGGCCUACCCGUCGAGUUCGAGGACGAGAUGCCGUGCCGCGUGCCCAGCGCCAGCGCCAGUGUUUUCGGUGUCUCAGCUGAAUCAAUGCAAUGCACCUAUGAUGCCAAGGGCAAUUCGGUUCCCACUAUAUUGCUGCUCAUGCAAGAGAGGCUGUAUGCCCGGGGGGGCCUGAAGGCCGAGGGGAUAUUUCGCAUUAAUCCAGAGAAUGACCAAGAGGAGCACGUGAGGGACCAGCUAAACAAAGGAGUUGUGCCACAGGACAUUGAUGUUCACUGUUUGGCCAGCCUGAUUAAGGCAUGGUUCAGGGAACUUCUGGAAGGUGUGCUCGACGGCCUCUCCCCUGAGCAAGUGCUGCAGUGCAAUUCUGAAGGGGAGUUCCUUGACCUUGUGACGCUAUUGCGCCCCACUCCGGCAGCACUCCUCAAUUGGGCUAUUGAGCUCAUGUCUGAUGUUGUCGAAGAGGAAGAGCUCAACAAGAUGAAUGCUAGGAACAUAGCCAUGGUAUUUGCGCCCAACAUGACACAGAUGUCAGAUCCAUUGACGGCCCUGAUGCAUGCUGUCCAAGUCAUGAACUUUCUCAAGACAUUGAUCCUGAGGACACUCCGGGAGCGCGAUGAUGCAGCCACCGGAGGGGAGUGCUCUCCAUACUCCUCUCCAGGGUCAUCCAGCCGGCAUGACGUAGCUGAAUGCUCCUACAACAGUGAGCAGGACAUGCAUAGGAGCUGUGAGCUGAGUGACAUGCAUAGCCAGAUCAGCAAGUCCGGGAGACAUGCCGAUUACCUCAUGAGGUACAACACCUGUUUUGACAUUGAGCAAGAAAUCGAUGAUCAUCUGAGCGAGGUUGAAGAAGGGUCCCCUCGUAGGCUGGAGCACGAUAUUGAAGUGGACAGACCAGAGGAAAGUGCAAGACAACAACGUGAAAUGAACUCGCAGGUGAUGGCCAUGGAGGAUGUUGAGCUGAAAGCUGAGGACCAAGCAGUGGACAAGGGCCUACAGAAGGAAGAAGGAAUGGAAUCCAUGGCAUGAUGGGAAUUGUGUAUUUGCAGCUGGUUAAUCUUGUGAAUUGCUGACCAAUGGAUCCAUUUUUCAACACCUGGUUGAAUGUGUAACUGUUGUAAUUCUAAACGUUUAAUUCAUGAUGGAAACUUGCCUGACCCUGAAUAUGGGUAGAUAUGUACCAUCAUGUGAUCUUGGGACAAUAUUUCGAAAUGACCAUCAUGUGCAGGUUAAUGAUA